CCACGGAGAACGGCUGGACUUGGGUGGCCCAGGCGCCGGUGCCAUGUUUGGAUGUCAACUGACGCGCUGAGUGCUUGGGCUUGUGCGGUGGGGCGCAAGGGGUAGAGGGGGCCAGCAUUAUUGGAUCGAUGUAUCACGGUUCCCGUCCGAAGAUCCUUCACAGAAAAGCCAUGAACAUCAAAUUCAAUACAGCAGUGAUUGUCACGGAUAUAGCCGUGAACGCCAAGUGGGGAGAAUUUGAGGAGGUGGAGGAGGAAGAAGGAGAUUUGUUCGUCGUCUUGUCGGAGUUGUCCAUGAGGAAGAGAGGGUGGGAGGACGACGGAGGGGGAGGGUGGGCUGCUGCGGCAGUGACGCCGAGGGAGAGGAAGCAGCGCCGAGGAGAAGCAGAGCCGAGAGCCGGAGAAGAAGUUUAGGGUUUAGGAACUAGGCUCCGAUACUAUGAAGAAUGAAUAUUUUCUAUUAAUUAUUGUGUAGGAGUACAACCAUAUUUAUAUACAAGAUGGGACUCCUAAUCAUGGUAGGAGUAUAAGUAAGGAAACCUAUACAAAAAUGUAACUACCAAUAAUACAAUGAUAUAAUAAUAAAUACAUUAAAUAUACUUGACAUAAAUAUAUAUUAAAUAUAUUUAACAAUAUGCUCUCUUUAAGAAAAUUGAGAACAUUUG